AUGGAUAUCAAAAUUGAAUACGACGAUGAAGCACGCAUCACUAAUGAAGAAUAUUUGAGCGAAGAAUUUUUAAUAGAUGUUCCAUUAGAUCCAAUCGACUUCGAUAUUGACCAUGAAUCGUCCAGCGAAAGCACUCAUCUGAAUCGUCAUUAUGGUAAACGACCCUUUCCUUGUACUAUGUGCGAGAAAAAAUUUGCGAGCGCCCAUAAUUUGCAAAGUCACAUGCACAUUGAUUUCGAUGCUGAAGCAUUCAUCACUAAAGAAGAAUAUGUGACCGAAAAGCUUUCAAUAAAUGAUCCAAUGGAACUAAUCUACGACUCAGUUGGUCAUGAAUCAUCGAGUGAUAGUGAGAGUGUGGAAAAUUUUGAAUCAUUGGACUUACAGGCGGCGGUUAUAGUUAUAUCGGAUUCUGAAACUGAAAAAAUACCGAAAAGUAGUAGUAAAGAGUUUAAGUUUAAAAACUACGUAUCCUCACACAUCGCAAAUAUACAUGGUGAUUAUAAACCAUAUUGUUGUGAGGUGUGCGGGCAUCGUAUUUAUAAUAAGUCUACUUACACAGAACAUCUCAAUCGUCAUUAUGGUACUCGACCCUAUCCUUGUACCAUGUUUGCAGUUUUUGUGAUAAGAAAUUUGGAUGUCUUACUAAUAAAAAAAGGCACGAAUACUCUCAUACUGUUCAAGAGUAAGCAAUACGUACCGGAACACAUCGCAACUUUACAUCAUAAUGAACUAACAAAGCCAAACAAGAGCAAUUCCAAAGCGAAGGAUGCGCCAGAAAAUAAAAGCGAAACUGUUGCAGAGAGCAUUCCUAUUCCCUCAAAAUAUCCCUGUCCUAUUUGCAAUAAGGAGUUUAAGUUUAAGACCUACGUAUCCUCACACAUCGCAAAUAUACAUGGUGAUUAUAAACCAUAUUGUUGUGAGGUGUGCGGGCGUCGUUUUUAUAAUAAGACUUCUUACACAAACCAUCUCAAUCGUCAUUAUGGUACUCGACCCUAUCCUUGUACCAUGUGUGAGAAAAAAUUCACGAAAACGAAACCUGAUAGUGUACCUUGCGUAGUGCGUACUACUACCAUCAAUCGCGUUGAAGAUAAGACUGAAGGUCAGCAAUAUUCGUCUGUUGAACAGCAGGACCUGGGUGAGGAAUUUUUAAUAGAAGACUCGAAAGAAUCCACCGAGGAUACAGAGAAUGAAAAGCUUUUAGUGCACUUAGGAAUUGCCUCUGACCAUGAAAUUUCGCCUAAUUCAACAAUGCCUGUUGCAACGGAAACCAUCAAGAUGGAGGUCGAAAUAGUAAACCCAGUUAUCAGUGACACAGCUACAACAAGCUCAGAAUCUCAAGUUGUUUCGCAUUCCUGCACGGAAGCAGUUGCAAAUACGAAUGCGCACCAAAAUGUCUGUUUAGUUUGUGAGAAGGUGCUUUCGAGUAAAGGUAAUUUAAAGUCUCACAUGUCUGUACACAGUGAUGAAAAACCUUUUUGCUGUGAGGUGUGCGGACGUCGAUUUGCUAAGAAGCAUAACUAUAACAUACAUAUGCUACGACACUCCGGUAAACGAACCCAUCAGUGUUCCUUGUGCGAUAAAUCGUUCGUUUGUUCGAUCAAUCUUAAAAAUCACAUGCGCAUCCAUUCACCAACGAAGCCUUUUGCUUGUGCAUUCUGUGGCAAAAAGUUUACCUAUCUCGCAGAUAAAAAACAUCACGAAUAUUCACACACUGGGGACUAUCCGUUUUGUUGUAAAAAUUGUCCUCGUAAAUUUACCAAAAAGCACUUAUUCAAUCGGCAUCUACCAGUAUGUAUGAAGAAAUUUGAGGGCAUGGAACGACCUACAACGACGCGAAAGCAAUCCAGAAUAUCUGAUGAGUGUAGUAGUAAAAUAAAAGAUUAA